ACGAUUUCGAAUUUGAAUAUCGUAUAUCUGAAAACAUGGUUAAAAUUUUAUUUUUCCACUUGUGUGUUGUGAUUUGUUUGUUUGUAGUAAACGGAGAUAAAACUAUAGGUGCAGUUUUUGAUGAUGGCGAGUUUUUGCAAGAAGCAGCUUUUAAUGUCGCUGUCAAUACAGCCUCCGAAGGUCAUGAGAAUCCAUUUGUUGCUAAAGUGAGUCGCACUUCUCCUGGAGAUCUGAUAGAAGCAGAGGAUGCAGUUUGUUCUCUUUUUGAGAACGCUAUAUUUGGGGUUUUUGGACCGAGGAGUAAACAUUUAAUAGAACAUGUACAGAAUAUUGUUGAUUAUUUGGAAGUACCACAUAUUGUUGUGGCACCAGUGGAAUCGCAAACAAGAAAUUGGUCAAUAGUCAAUUUAUAUCCAUAUCAUGUUGCAUAUUCACAGGUUUUCAAAGACAUUAUCGAGAUCAAAGAUUGGGCAGAAUUCACGAUAAUAUAUGAAGGCACGGAACUUUUACCGUUUCUAGUUAAUAUACUGACAAUGCAAGAUUUGGAAUCACGGGACCGUGUUGUGAUAAACGUAGUUCAACUGCCAGAAGGAGACGAGUUUAGACCACAGCUCAAAACGAUUAAGGCAUCUGGGUCAUUGAAUUACCUUGUAUUUUGCACAAAUGCUAAAAUGCCAGAGUUUCUCCAACAAGCUCAACAAGUCGGAAUAAUGUCUGAUGUUCAUAGUUAUAUAAUUAUGAAUCCUGAUUUUCAAAUUUUUGAUACUGAAAGUUUUAAACAUGGUGGAUCAAAUAUUACAGGUGUCCGGUUUUUUGAUUUAAGCACAGAAGAAAUUCAAAGUUUCAUAAAAGUAGUCAACGGAAAGGUAUCAGAUAUCUCCGAUGGUAAAAUCAAGAAUGCCAUUAAUGACAACGGACUGCCUCUUGAGAUCGCAUUGCUUUAUGAUUCUGUCAUUUUAUUCGCUGCUGCCGUCGACGCAAUGGGAAUUGAAGAAGGUGCUAAUGUUACUUGUGAUGCUGAUGAUAGUUGGAACUAUGGGUCCACUGUAGUGAAUAUGAUGAAAUCUUUGGAAAUCGAUGGUCUUACAGGUCUUGUGAAGUUUGAUGAAGAUGGUUUUAGAUCAGAUUUUGAACUCGACAUUAUGGAACUACAAAGUCAUGGAUUUGAAAAGGUUGCAACGUGGACUACAGAAGAUGGCUAUGAGAACAGAAGAAUUAUCAUACCACCAGUAGAACUAGAAGGUUCUGAUUCAAUGAAAGGGAAACAUUUUAACAUACUUACUGCCUUGAGUGCUCCUUAUGGGAUGCUGAAAGAAUCUUCAAAUAAACUAGAAGGAAACGAUCGGUAUGAAGGUUUUGGAAUCGAAUUGAUUGAAGAACUGGCCAAAAUGAAUGAAUUUAACUACACGUUUGAUAUACAGGAGGAUGGUGUUUAUGGCUCUUAUGACGCUAAAACAGGGGAGUGGACAGGCAUGAUGCAAAAAAUCAUGGAUGGGAGAGCCGAUUUUGCCAUCACCGAUUUGACGAUAACUUCUGCUCGACAGAAAGCAGUAGAUUUCACUAGUCCCUUUAUGAACUUGGGUAUCACAAUAUUAUACAAGAAACCAACAAAGCAACCACCAGAUUUGUUUUCAUUUAUAUCGCCAUUUUCUCUAGAGGUGUGGCAAUACCUAGCGGGAGCUUAUGUUGGUGUUUCAGUACUGUUGUUCGUCCUGGGCAGAAUGGCCCCGGAUGAAUGGCAGAAUCCCUAUCCAUGCAUCGAAGAACCAGAGACUUUGGACAAUCAGUUUUCCAUGGCGAAUUCCUUUUGGUUCACGCUAGGCAGUGUUCUAACUCAAGGCUCUGAAAUAGCUCCAAUAGCUGUUUCCACCCGAAUGGCUGGUAGUAUGUGGUGGUUCUUCACGUUGAUCAUGGUAUCGUCGUACACUGCUAAUCUUGCCGCUUUUUUGACUGUCGAGUCUAAAUUCUACGCCAUCAAAAGUGUAUCAGACUUGGCCAAUAAUCCGUAUUCGAUCACUUAUGGAGCUAAGAAGGGCGGUGCGACGUUGAGUUUUUUCAAGGAAUCUGACAAUCUCCUUUACCAGAAAAUGUUUAAUUACAUGGAGGAACAUCCCGAACUAAUGCCUGCUACCAACGAUGCUGGUCUUGAAAGAGUAAAGUCGGACGAUGAAAAUUACGCGUUUCUCAUGGAAUCCACAUCAAUAGAAUACAUGGUGGAGAGGAACUGUGACGUCGCACAGGUUGGAGGUCUACUGGAUAGUAAAGGAUAUGGAAUUGCUAUGAAAAAAAACUCUUCUUACCGUCAACCAAUGAGUGAAUCAAUACUGCAGCUUCAAGAGGAAGGGAAAUUGACGAGAAUGAAGGAUAAAUGGUGGAAAGAAAAAAGAGGGGGUGGUGCAUGUGCGGAUGACGACGCCGGUAGUGGUGACGCUCAGCCAUUGGUUUUGGCUAAUGUGGGCGGAGUGUUCAUCGUGCUAGUCGCAGGUUCUGCUUUGGCUAUCGUAUGCGCUUUCCUCGAAAUGAUGGUCGAUGUAUGGACUAUAUCACGUAAAUACCAGGUGACAUUUAAAGACGAGUUAAUUGCCGAGUUGAAGUUUAUUUUCACUACUACAGGAGACGUUAAGCCUGUUCGUCACCGUGAGCCCUCGGGCAGUGGUUCUGGUGGUUCUAAAAAUGAUGAAAAGGAAAUCCUUGGUGAUCCCGAAACCCAAGAUGUUGACCCUGAGUCACCAGACAAUGAAGACCUCCUUGAUGUGGGUUAUGACCCAGCUCCUACACCCAGGUCAGAGAGGUCAACCCAUUCGCAUCACACUCUACACAGUAGAAGACAAAGCAAUGCCGUACAAAUGGCUAGAAUGAGAAAGUUUAGCAACCGUAGUGGUCGAUUAUAA